AUGGCUAUGAUCGCCAAGUUUCUGAUUGCCUCCCUUCUCUUCUCUCUUCUUGUUCUCCAUUUUGCUGAGGCUGAUCAUGACACGGUGAAUUCAAAUCUAGCUGCGAGUUCUCCCCCUAAGAAAAUUGAUUGUGGAAGCGCUUGCAAGGCAAGGUGCCAGUUAUCAUCUAGGCCACGCCUGUGCAAGAGAGCAUGUGGGACUUGUUGUUCAAGAUGCAACUGUGUUCCUCCAGGAACAGCCGGUAACUAUGAUGCUUGCCCCUGCUACGCUAGCUUGACUACCCAUGGCGGCAGACGCAAGUGUCCUUGA